AUGGCAGUCAAAAAUCUCUCAAACCCAGACUCAGCCUGGCAGAAGGCCAUCGACCUCACAGCCUCAGUCGACACACGCCGAUCGAAAGGCGAAGGAUCAAAGAACAUCCUCAAAAACUACCUCAGCCUGCAAGCGUUCAUCACUCCAAAAUCCGCCGUAUCCAUCUGCCGCCAGUCGCACGCCAUGACCAAACGCGACCACCUCGAACUCAUCGGCGAGGGCAGCACUGCCCGGAUCUGGGACCUCGCCAGCCGCAGCCAGGUCGUCAAGCAGUCCAAGCCGGGCCGCACCUACAAGGACCUCGUGCGCGAUUUCUGUUCUCACGCCGGCGUCUACGAGGACUUCGACCAGCUUAAGGCGGCAGUGUGCGUCCCGCGGCCGGUCGAGAUCAUGGACGCCAAGAUCGUCGGGGACUGGUGCGCCCAUCGCCUCAAGAGGCGCGAGAUCCCCGACGACGCCGCGCUCGUGCAGGCCGGGACGGGUCUCAUGGUCACCGAGAGGAUCCUCCCCGUGCCCAGGGAGAUCCGCGCCGCGCUGAUCAUGAUGUUCUGUCCGCAGCCCCAACGUCUCGCGGCGCUCAUGGACCCUAAGAACAACAACUGCCUCAUCCGCCUCUACCUCGGCCGCUACGACGAGACCCCGCGUACCAACGACGACCGCGGCUUCAGCCUGCGGGACUUCGAGCUGACGCUCGACAAGAUGGAGCAGCUCGGGAUCGACCCCGUGCAGUUCGCGCACCCGAUGGCCGAGGCGCUGGCCGUGAUGCACUGGAAGUCGAGAUGCGACGCCGCGGGGGUGGAGUUCGUCCUCGGCACGUCGCCCGACGUGCAGGCCAACAAGAUGUGGAUGAACACGCCCGGCGAAUCGACGCAGCGCCGCGUGGCCGGCGGGAACCCCCCGGGCCUGCACUGGGCGGUUCGGGUGUGGGCGUUGGAUUUCGACAAGGUCAGAGACGUCAGGCCCACGGAAAGGGGCGUGGAUAAGGCCGCCAGGGCGUAUCUGGACAACAAGCCGUUCUUCCCCGAGCCCGUGGCCGUGCCGCGCGAGAUGGGAUGCAAGAGCGUAUCAUUCUCGUCUGCUUCACCCCCAGUACACUCGCCCAUCAUGUAUCGUAUAUGGAACAUCUACGCACUCGCCGCCUUUGGCACCAUCGGCGGCAUGCUCUUCGGCUUCGACAUCAGCUCCAUGAGUGCCUGGAUCGGAGCCGAUGCCUACAUGGAGUUCUUCGGCCACCCGUCAUCCACCCUGCAGGGUGGCAUCACCGCCUCCAUGUCCGGAGGCUCCCUCGUCGGCGCCCUCGUCGCCGGUUUCCUCGCUGAUCUGUGGGGCCGCCGCGGCGCCCUGAAGCUCGCCUCCGUCAUCUGGAUUAUCGGUGCCGUCCUUCAAUGCUCGUCCCAGAACGUUGCCCAUCUCAUCGUCGGUCGUGUCGUCAGCGGUCUCGCCAUCGGUAUCACCAGUUCCCAGUGCUGCGUUUACCUUGCCGAGCUCGCCCCCUCCCGUAUCCGGGGCCGCAUCGUCGGUAUCCAGCAGUGGUCCAUCGAAUGGGGUAUCCUCAUCAUGUACCUCAUCUCAUACGGCUGCGUCGUCUCUAUUCCCGACGACCCCAAGGCCUUCCGCAUCGCCUGGGGCGUCCAGGGCAUCCCCGGUCUCAUCCUCGGUGUUGCUCUCUUCUUCUUCCCCGAGUCUCCUCGUUGGCUGGCCCAGAAGGACCGUUGGGAGGAGUGCCAUGAGGUCCUUGCCCACCUGCACGGCGGUGGCGAUCGGGAUUCCCCCGUGGUACUCGCUGAGCUGGACGAGGUUAAGGAGGCUGCCCGCGUCGCUGCUGAGUCCAAGAACGUCAGCUUUUUGGGUCUAUUCGGCCCCAAGAUCUGGAAGCGCACCCUCGCCGGCUGCAGUGUCCAGGUCUGGCAACAACUCCUCGGAGGCAACGUCAUGCUCUACUACCUUGUCUACAUCUUCAACAUGGCCGGCAUGAGCGGAAACACCGCCCUCACCUCGUCCAUCAUUCAGUACGUCAUCUUCCUCGUCACGACCGGCGCGAUCCUCCCCAUCAUCGACCGCCUCGGCCGCCGCCCUCUCCUCAUCGGAGGUGCCAUCAUCUGCUGCAUCAUCCACUUCACCACCGGCGCCGUCAUGGCCGUGCACGGACACGCCGUCGACUCGGUGGACGGCAACGAGAUCCUCAAGUGGUCCAUCCAGGGCCCUCCCGCCAAGGCCGUCAUCUCCCUCUGCUACAUCUUCGUCGGCGUCUACGGCCUCACCUGGGCCCCCAUCGGCUGGAUCUACGCCUCCGAGGUCUUCCCCCUCAAAUACCGCGCCACUGGUGUCGGCCUGGCCGCCGCAUCCAACUGGGCCUUCAACCUCGCCCUCGCCUUCUUCGUGCCGCCCGCCUUCACCAACAUCCAGUGGAAGACAUAUAUGAUCUUCGGCACCUUCUGCUUCGUCAUGACCUUCCACAUCUUCUUCACGUACCCCGAGACCUCCGGCAAGACACUCGAGGAGAUUGACGAGCUCUUCGACUCCAACAUCCCGGCCUGGCGCAGCCGCAGCGCCGGCAUCCGCUUUGAGGAUCGUGUCGCGGCCGCCGAGGAUAAGAAGGAUAACUUCAGGGAGGCAACCCACUCCGAGAAGGUUUAG